AUGGCGACGGAUGAUCCCAGGCUGGAUGGAAUAGCAGCGGGGGAGGACGGUACGAAAAUAGACGCGCCGAAGAAGGGGAAAGGGACGGUUGUGGCGUCCAAGGUGGUGGCAGGGCACAGGGUCUUCACCAUCAAGUGGGGGCGCAAGCGCACGGCCUGCUCCGAACACGACACCUACUACGUGCUGAAAUGGGCAGUGGAGGGGCAGGCUGCGUCGUUCGAGGCCGCGGUCGAGCGCAGUGUGAAUAAUCUUUGCAUCAUCGUCUGUAUCAACGGCAGCCUCGUCCCAACGUUCAUGCAAAACGACGGCAAGAGGAAACUCAAGCGGGAUGGAGCUUACAGGGAAGCGUUUGGCCCGUGCCGAGGAGGUUCGACCGUACGCUUGGGACCGUAUGAAGGGCUUGAAAGCGGACAAGACACUCAGCCCCGAGAGCCUCGCCCUCUUGGAGGGAGAUGCCACCCUCGUGGAGGCCCUUAUGACAACGCCGAUCCACGAACUACUGGGCUUUAUAGACGCCGCGGAGGGGAUGAACGAUGGCAAGACUUGGCUCAUGAAGGAUCUCACGCCGGGCUACUGUCAUCAGCAGCAGCACGGUUUCGUGGACGACGUCGUCAAGUAUUUGCAAGCGGCUUGUCGCCUAGGCAGGUUGCCCACGCUGGAGUCGAUCGGGUUCAUGAUGACACCCUCGGAGCUGGAUGGUACGGGGUUGCGGAUGACAAGAAGGCCGAGAAGAGGAUCGCGGAUAAUCGCAAGGUCAGGGGAGGAAGGAUGAAAAUUCCGGGAUGCCCAAUCUUCAGGAAACGGACGAAUCACAUGGUGGACGUGGUCCAGCACAACGCAUUGGAGCCGGUCACGGACCUUAUUAGCGAAGACGAGGUGAAGAUGUGCCUCGACGUGCGGCGAUCUACGGACAGGAACACUAUGGUGGACGAUGUGCUGCGGGUCAACGAUUUGGACUACAACGCCAUUCUGGAGAUCGAGGAGUCCCGCCUGAUGCCGCAGAAGUACGCCGUGGCAAUCGGGGAAAUCGUCCGGCGCCUGAAACCCGACGUCACGGCGGAGAUGGUCGCCCUCUUUAGCCAAGGCCUGACCCUCGUCGACGCGGUUCUAAACGCGUGCCUUCGUUGCCAGGACCUGCUGGGGAUGUUUGCCUUCGCGUCUUACAUGAUGACGUUCGUGUCGCCCAAGAAAGCCCCCACCGAGGUGAUGGAGGUGGUCCUGCCUCUGACGGCGAAGGAUACGAGGGCUUCAGACGGUUCAAUCCAAGGCACGGCGUGCGUCCACCUGAAGAGGCCAGACAUGCACCGAUGGCUUGCCGUGUUGCUUGUUCUUCUCCGCCCUUUGAUGAGGGAGCACCUUCAAGGUUCCGGAAAGCAGCUGUGUUUGGAGGUGGGCCCAUUCGAUGCCAACGGGAAGCUAUUUACCAACAGCAAACUGCUCGAUCUGUUCCAGUACGCCGGGAAGCACUUCCUGGGUUUGCCCCGGUGGGGGUACAACAUCAACCGCACCGUCCAUACUUCUAAUGCGACGUUCUUGGCGCUGGCACAGGGUGAAGGGAGCAAUGCUCCAUGGGUGGAAAAGGUUUUCGGUCAGGCUCGCCAAAGCAAUAACCGAACUCAGGGAACCUGCAGCUCUACCGAGCGGCGGAGCGGAUAG